UGCUGGAUUCAAUUCUUUUGCCUUGUUCCCCGAACAUCUGUCAUAUGACUUUGAAUUUGUCCUCUCUCCCCUGCUAUGACAUAAUUCCACUGCAAUAAUGAAUAGGAUAUGAUUAAGUUAAUUUCCCAAGACCCAAUAAAAGAAGGAAGAGAACAAGUGCUCUCUUUAGUGACUUGAGUUGUAAAAUACAAAAAGAAUUAUUGAAGAUACAUCUCACUCUGAAUCUCUCUCUCCCUCUCUUUUUCUCCAUAUAUACAUGUUUAUUUAUUUUGCUCCAUCUCUAUUCCUUUUGCAGGGCAGCCCUUGGAGAGGCAUAUAAUGGAGACAAUAGCUUUGCUGAUUCUUUAGAAGCAUUUGGUGGUGCGAAGGAUGAUCCUUAUAGUUUAUCUAUAGGAGGUUUCCAAGAUCAGCGUCUGGAAUCCAGGGGUGCCUCCUAAGAUCAUUGUUUAGAGGCUGCUUGGAACCUUGGCUUAUGAGAUUUUAAUUUAAUGGAGAUGGCAUAUGUCUGUGUUGUUUCGUACUCUUGAUUUUCGCUGGCCAUAUCUCAUCUGGUAGUUGAGUUGUCUUGGUGGAAGACAAUAGGGAGAUUAUCAUGUUGGACCGUUAACUUACUAAUUAGGGGGCCGAUCAUGUCCAAGUUCAUCAAAGCUUUUCGUGAGCUUGCUAGUUAUAAGGAGUUGCUUCGUUCACAAGUGGAGCAUGUGUUAAUUGAUCAGUUAAUGCACUUUAUGAAUGUUGAUUUGCAAGAUGCAAAGGAGUCUCGUCGACGGUUUGACAAAGCUAUAAGUACAUACGAUCAGGCACGUGAAAAGUUUGUGUCUUUGAAGAAGAAUACGCCAGGAGAUAUUGUUGCUGAGCUAGAAGAGGAUCUACAAAAUUCAAAAUCUUCUUUUGAGAGAAGCCGCUUCAAUUUAGUAAAUGCGCUAAUGAAUAUUGAAGCUAAAAAGAAGUACGAAUUUCUGGAAUCUAUAAGUGCAAUUAUGGAUAGCCAUCUUAAGUAUUUUAAGUUGGGGUUUGAAUUAUUGAAGCAGUUGGAACCAUUUAUUCACCAGGUAUAUACAUAUGCUCAACAGGCAAAAGAAUUAGCAAAUGCUGAGCAGUGUAGCCUUGAAAAACGUAUUCAAGAAUUUAGGACCCAAGCAGAGAUAGAUAUUAUAAAAGCUUCAAGUAACAUAGAGUCUUCAACAAGUUCUGUUGGCAUUUGCGUUACGGGCAUGAAUUCAGACAAAAAUAUAGAAGCAAUCAUGCAGUCCUCAAGAAAUGGGGAGGUCCAGACAAUCAAACAAGGAUAUUUGCUGAAACGUUCUUCAAGUUUGAGGGGAGAUUGGAAGAGGAGGUUCUUUGUACUUGAUAGUCAGGGGACACUAUACUAUUAUAGGAAUAAGGGUAUCAAACCAACGGGUUUUCUCCAUCAUUAUGCUGGUUCAGCUGAAUAUAACGGUGGUGUAUUUGCUAGAUUUCGUGCAAAGUAUAGGACAUCAUCUUGCGAAGACAAUUUGGGUUGUCGUACCGUUGACCUUUGUACUUCAACAAUAAAGAUGGGCGCAGAGGAUACAGAUUUACGGCUUUGUUUUAGGAUCAUAUCUCCGCUGAAGACUUACACGUUGCAGGCUGAAAAUGCGGGAGAUAGAACGGACUGGGUUAAUAAAAUAACUGCUGUUAUUACAUCUCUUUUGAGCUCUCAUAUCCUGCAGCAGCAUGUGGAAAACAACGAUUAUGCUCGCAAAGCUUCUUCUAAUGUUAUGUUACGUAAUAACCACCAUACUUCAGAUGAUCAAAUAGGCAACAGAGCAGAAUCCGUUUCUGCAGUCCUCAGAGAAAUUCCUGGAAAUGAUGUUUGUGCAGAGUGCAAUGCUCAUGAACCUGAUUGGGCUUCUCUUAAUCUCGGCAUAUUAUUAUGCAUCGAAUGCUCUGGUGUUCACCGUAAUCUUGGUGUACAUAUUUCAAAGGUGAGAUCUUUGACGUUAGAUGUCAAAGUGUGGGAACCUUCAAUUGUGGAAUUAUUUCGUACCCUGGGAAAUGCUUAUUGUAACUCUAUUUGGGAAGGUUCACUCCUUAAGAAUGAGAGGUAAGAUAUCCACAGGUUGAAAUAACAUUAUAUAUGUAUAUAUGUGUCUGUGUGUUGCUUGUAACUAAUCUGUUAAUUGGUAAUGCUAUUUCUGUAUGUUAAACUGUAAUUCUUGGUUUCUGAUAAGCAUAUACGGUUCCUAUAGUAGAUCAAGGUAGGCAAGACGGAAAAGUUAGUGUGCUUUAUCAAUAUUGAAAUUAUGCCAACUAUGAAUUUGUAUGUUUGAGGUUUAUGCAUCUCUUUUUGUUCUUGGAAUGAAA